AUGCCUCUGUGCCUUUAUCCUCUUUAUCUCCUCCUCCUCCCAUCACUCUCUCUCUGCUUCUAUGUGCAAAGUUCAAGCGUCCUCUCGUCCUUCAACGAUCAGGUCAGACAACGGCAUCUCUACACAGAGAGCAGAAGCCAGGCUCUGUUCCUGGAGAUGAAGCCUGAAGGUUCCGUAGCUGGUUCUCCCACAAUGUCUCAAUACACUGUUCUGGAGCUGCGGUCCAUCAAAGCAGGACAUACGGUCAUAAAGGGUCUGGCUUCGUUGCUGUUUCUCUGUGUCAACCAGAAAGGACAGCUCAGAGGAGAGCGGACCUACAUAGCCUCUGACUGUGACCUACAAGAGGUGCUGAGGGCGGACGGAUAUUCCAUCUUCUUGUCACCUCACAAUGGACUUCCUCUGUCCCUCGGAAAGAGAAAUGGACAUACCCUUUCCAAGUUCUUGCCGCUGACAAGUGACCUGUUAGUGGAGGGACAGAAACAUCAGGAAGAGCAGACCUUGAGCACAGGCCAACACAGCACACAUUUUGACUCGGAUGAUCCCUUGGGAAUGGUACAGUCCCAUUCCAACUCUGUCUUAAGCCCAAGUCUGGACAUAAAGAGAUAG